CUCACACGCCCGCUCGCGCCCGCUCACGCCCGCUCACGCUCUCUCAAUGAAUGCAGCGCGCCAAGCGUGCCGGCCAAAGCACCAAGUCCUGGUGCUAAAAUGCUACCCCAAGUACAACAAAGCCAACGUCGACGUGCGCGCCAACAGCUCCGAGCUGUCCUACCUGCUGUACUACGCCAGCACGCGACGCUCGAAGCUCACAAAGGUCACUGACUUUCUCGACAAGCGCGCGACCAGCGAUGUCUGGAAGGGCCGCACGGGAAAUGUGCAGGUCACGCUGCAGAUUGUGACGGCGGUGGUUGAAAAGUGUCCGAGAGACCUGCCGCUGUACCAGCGCGCGGUGUUGCGCAUCCUGAAGACCAUCCUGAAGAGCGAGCAUGUCGGCAUGGUCGAGGACACGCUGCCGGCGUUCGAGGCGCUGUGUAGGCACCAGGAGCCUGCGAGUCUAGCGGCGGAUCUGGAGUACAUAAGACAGUACGAGGAGAUCGUGCAGUUGUAUGCGCAAUUCGCCGCCAAGGAACAGACUUCAUCAGCAAAGGGCGCGGCGCAGAGUUGGCCGGUGCAGCUGAGAUUCAGGAGGGCGGGGUUGACAGCGUUGAAGGCGGUGGCGGAGAGUGAGAGUCUGGGGAGCGAGACGGGGAGGCAGCUGAACGCCAUCAUUCCGGUGGUUUUGGCGAACAUAUACGCGGAGAGUGGCGCGUACUUGAGCAGGCUGGAGUCGAGGGAGAAGGAUAGUGAGGCGCAUGAUAAGGAGCUGGCGCUCAGUCGAAGGAAGAGCGUGUCCACGGCGGCGCGGACGAGCACGAACGAGGAUGAGGAAGGAGGCGAUCCGGUCGCUGCGUCGGGCACGACGGAGGCGGCAGACAAGCUGGCUGAGGAGAAGGUCGGCGUGCUGGCGCUGCAGGCUCUGCGCAACAUCUUCCAGGGCGUCAACCGUGGUCAAUUGCGUCUUGCGACUUCUGCCGUGCUCAACUUUAUCGGCGCGAACGUCAAGGGGCCGCAUCCUCCGGGUGAGAGCUGGGCGACCAAACUGAUGGCUAUCAUCUGCGCCUGGGCGCCUGUGCAAGACCGAUACGCCAUCCUCGUCGCCGUCGUCGAGGCUCUCGUACGCAGCCCGGUCGUUGAAGACGACGUCGAUCGACAGCUGGUGCUUGCGACUGUCAUCGACUACCUCCUCAGCUCCACCAUCAACUUCAUCGGGCUCAGCGUCAUGGAUGUGCUGGUCGGCCUCAUCUCUCACACUCUAUCACUCCUACAGCUCGGUGGACCUGGACUGAGCACACUGCCCCACCACCAGCAGACGACACCGGCGCUGUCAGAGAAGCACUUGGAUGGGCAGAUCUCGACUAGCAAUGUUGGCGUGGUUAUGGAUGUCGUCAAGGUGCCUUCAAAGUCCAGGAUACGCCUACUCGAUACCGUGCGCAGGUGCAUCGCUGAUCUGGCCACACAUGUCUACUACACGGACCAGAUCUCGGACAUGGUCGAAGCCAUCUUGAGCCGACUCAAGCCCUCGCCGACGUCCACCACGACUGCCGAAGCGAUAGAGAACCCCGAAGAGGCGAUCGAUGUGGUUGUGACCUCGGGCAGCCUGCGAGAGAAGACACAUGUCGACAGGUUCUUCUCGUUCGAAACAGCACGCCUAACCGCGCUCGAAGCCGUCAAAGCUAUCAUCAAAACCGCAAACGCACGCCGACCCGAUGGCUCCUCCGCACCGGUAGCACGCAGUAAGAUUGGCGUGAGCGUGUGGGAGGGUACACAGUGGCUUCUACGCGAUCCUAGUGGGACCGUAAGGAAAGCGUAUGUGGAUGCUCUUGUCACCUGGCUGAACCUAGAAAAGACGAAGCAGGAUUUGAAGAUUGUGGACAAUUACCGGAGGAAAGAUAGCGACCACGACAAGGGCGGGCUAGCCAAGCGCGCCGUGUCGAAUGCGUCGCAGCGGGAGAAGUCGCCAAGGCCGGGGAGGAACAGCUUUCUGCCACUCCUGCAUCUGGCCGUGUACGAGAAUGCGCUGCAGUUUGUUGACUCGGAGGCGGACUACCUGCUUCUGCAUCUCCUUCUCGCGACAUUGAUCGAGCGACUGGGAGCCAACGCUGCACGGAGCGGGCUGCCUAUGAUCAUGCGCCUGCAGGAAGAGAUUGCCACCGUCGAAGAGCCGGCCGCGAAGGUACGGAUAGGCAGCCUCGUGCAUGGCUAUCUGUGGGCUCUCAGCAUGGCUUUCGACUUUGAAACAUCCGCCAUCGGCCGCGCAGUGCACAACGAGGUCACGCGGCGCAACAACCACGGCUUAUGGCUCAAGAGCAUCCGCGUACCGCCCAUGCCGGUAGACCGCAUCGACGCUCCGCACCCCAGUCUCGCACAGCUUCCGGCGUCGGUGGUUCAAUCUGAGUCUCUGAUACCGUUCGACAACCGCGACGCCCUCGUCGAGAAGAUCUCGGAAGGCUACUCGACCUCCCUACAAUCGCCCCCCUCCUCUCCGCCUGCCUCACCUGGCCGCUCCAUGUCCGCAUCAUCCUACUCCGGCCUUCCCGUCAUUCACCAACCCCCUACCAUCGAAAUUAACAACAUCCUCUCUGCGCCCACCAUCCCUUACAAGGUCCGCGAAGACCUUCUCGCCGACUGGACGCGCGAUCAAUGCCUCGCAGCCAACACCAAAGGGUCCUCCAGCGCAUCCAUCUCCGGGAGCAGGAGUGGUACGCAGUACACAGGUAACCGCAAUAACUACCUGGGUGUUCGCAUAUCCAAUGGCGAGCUCGACAGCAGUGCAAACUCGCCCAGUCAGAGUCCAAGGAGAGCGCACUCGAGACCGCCAAGUUUGGCGUACGGUCUCGUUGGUCGAUUGUCGUCGCCGCAACGGCGAAGGAGUCCCAGCGAGAAUAGGGGGAACGGGAACGGGAACGAGACUCCGAGGAGUAGGUCGUCACUGAGGAGCACGGUGAGAGUGGAUGAUCUGAAAAGGGCGUUGAGUGGCUCUGGUGGCGCGCCGAGGACGGGUUAUAGCAUGCGUCCGCCGACCAGACGUGAAGAAGACGAAGAGACGGACAGCUUGGUCAGCGCGCACUCGCUCAGCGACGCGAGCUUCACUACAACGCACGAAGCGCUUGCUCGCGAGCGACAGGCCUUGGCUGCAACUGCUGGCGCCGAGGACCUAGGCACACCUGCGGCAACUCUCACGCCGCGCCCGAUGACUGCGCAGAACGAUGCCGGAGGUGCGGCUGGGGGCCAGUACUUCACCACCCUCGAAGGCGACGUCAUACCCCCCGUUCCCGCUAUCCCCGCAGACUUCCACGGACAGGCUACACCACCCACCACAAAUCCGACGGUACGGGAGGGCAGUCACAUCGACUUUGCUGCCUCGGCGAACCAGCCUCAGCACACCAAUGGCACGAGCUCGUAUGCGAAUCCGAAUGCUGGUACCGUGCAGAAGAGCAGGAGUGUGAAGAGCGGUGUUAGUAGGGGGAGGAGUGGGGAUAGACAACGCAGGGGCACUGAAGCGAGUAAGAAGCCGGCGGUGGUGGAUGUCGACAGCCUUUUGGGCAGCAUUGGGCUGAAUGAUGAUGACGAUGAUUUGAGUGUGGGAGGCGAAGGUCUGGGGAAGGCGCCUUAUUGAUAGCUGUUGUGUGGAGGGGGGCGGAGCGCGCGGUAGAUAGUAAUGAGUAUGAG